CAGGUACAGUAAACAUGAAGUUGAUCAACAUCGUCGCAUUUCUACAAACGAACAUCUUUGAAUUUCAACUUCAAAGCAAAUUGAACCCUUCAAGAGUAUCAAAAGUUCAGUAACCUACGCGUCGAACUUUCACGAAGUCUGCACAGACAACUACAGCGGAACUAAUAAACUUGCGGGAGAUCUGACUUUGGAGUUUGGGAAGGAGGAUAAAGGCGUGGGGCAUCAGGCAACCUGUAAGGACUGGGCCUCAAUAGGAAGAAGGAAUUGAAUACAGAGAAUUGAGAGUUACAGAAGGAUUUCGGAAGCAUUGGCAGUCAUCAAAAUACACACUUCUAGUUCUUCUCGAGUUGAAUACUUUUGCAUGGUACUAGUUAGCUGUUGUUUAAAAUCUCCUCCUUGUUUAAUCGAGUCUGUGGAGAUUGGUGGUUUUUCACGACAAAGACCUUUUUUUUUUCUGUGGCUGUCUUUCAUCAUCAAGAUCAUCAUUACAAGCUCUCACAAUCUUUGCAACCUUGCAAGCUUUCGCGGCUUCCCUCUAGCCCAUCAUGUCAUUUGGAGUCCCUUCUGAUGAGGUAGCGGAGGACUACAAAAAAGCCCUUGAAGAUUUGACUAUGAAUUCGAGAUAUGAGAUCAGCAAUCUAACCGUUAUAGCAAAAGAAAACACAGAACAUGCUUUGGCCAUUUCAGAGGCAUUGAAGAACCAUAUAAAACAGGUAGGAUAAAUAUUCUCAUUUUUGUAAUACUAGCAAAGCCUAGUAAUGAUAGUUGUGCUUUGCUUUGUGCCUACACUCUACUUCCAUUACUUACGAGUUAAUGACAGACUUCUCCGCAAAAGAAAUUACCUGCUUUCUACGUCCUCGAUUCCGUUGUCAAAAAUGUUGGAACACCUUAUACCCUAUUCUUCGGUCGGCAACUCUAUUCAACUUUCAUGGAGGCAUAUGCUUUGGUUUCUCAUGACGUGCGGAGGAAAAUGGAUGAGAUGCUGAAGACUUGGAAAGAGCCCGUGCCUGGCUCUAUAGACACGCGCCCAGUAUUCCCUCCAGAAGUAACUCGACCCAUUGAAAAUGCUCUUAUAAAAGCCAGGACCUCUGCUCUCCAGCAAGAGCAAUUGAGAAGCCAACAGCAGCUCAUGAAUCGAGGUCGAUCCGCAGUAGGUCAGGCUCCCUAUCGCAAUACGCCGACUCCUCCAAAUGCAUCACGUCAGCCUCUUUAUCCAUCCCCUGGGCAUCCUGGAUAUCCUCAACAAUACCCUCCGCCGAUAAAUGGCCAAUAUAACAACCAAGUCAAUGGCCAUAUGCAGCAUGGGCUUCCUCAGGUGUGUGAAGCAUCCCAAACGUUCCAGCUUGAUACUAACGCUUUCAAGCGGCCACCUCCAAUUCAACAGUAUCCUCAGCAGUCCGGCGGCUCGACAUCGUGGCAGCAGUCGCAGCCUCAGGGAUACCAAUCACCAGAGGCAAGUGUAGAUGCAUUGAACAGGGAUAUCUCCUACCUCAUCACUUCUUCAAAGGCAGAAUUUACCCAGAGCCCGUAUGAUGGUAGUAUACAAACAAGACUCAAAGCCUUACUUGAUUUACAAACCAUUCUACAAACCCAAAGGCUCCCGCCUGAUCAAAUAGCAAUGAUAAAAGACCAAGUUGCGCAACUAUCUGGUCAAUCCCAGCCCGUCCUCAAAAUCCCAUCCCCGAGGCCGGCACCUGUAGCUACGCCAGCAUCCCAACCUCAACCGCAGCCAACUUUAAGCUCUUUGCUGGGCCCCGGUGGGCUGGCUGCUCUGUUAGCCCGACAGUCCGCAACACCACAGAUACCCACGCCUCCACCCACUCAAGCCGCUGUCGCAAUCCAAUCUCCUCAACCACAACAUACACUGCCCUUGCAAUUGCCCUUCCAACCAGCUUCCUCAACACCUGUUCCAGCAUCCGUGCCGACACCCGUAGCAGAUCCCAACUCCCUUCUGGAGAGACUUCGAGCUGCUGGCAUGCUGCCUUCAGUACCAGCAGUAGCCAGCACACCUAUUCAACCACCAAGUGUUCUAGGCGGCACUAUGCCCGCCGGGUUCCCCCCAUCCCUGCCCUUCAUAAGUGCACCCCCCGUUUCGAGGACACCCGUUUUUGAAAUUCCUAAUGAUGUCGUUCUGAAGCCAGCAUCGUUGAAAAUGUGGGAACACUCAUGUAGUCAAACUUUCAUUCUCUGCUAACAAUCCCAGGUUCCGUCCCCAUCUCAUCUCCAGUCUCUACGAAAAGCUUGGCGCGCCUUGUACCCAAUGUGGACGGCGUUUCCAGUCGGACGCAGAGGGCCGAAAGAAGAAGACUGCUCACAUGGAUUGGCACUUCCGUGUCCACCAACGAAUGGCUGAAGCCGAGAAGAGGGGCCAACAUCGAAGUUGGUAUGUCGAUGAGAUGGUAAGUAACCAUGCUACUGUUUCUCUUUCAAAUUCUAAUACAACACACAGGACUGGAUAAAAUCGCAAGAACCAGAAGAUGAUCCAGUAAACGAUAUGUCGGAUAAUACUCAUGGUGUUGCCAGCUCUUCUUCCGCUGCGGAUGCUAAGCCAAAACUUCAAUAUCUAGCGGUGCCAGAUGAUCCUGCUCUUGCUGGCAGUGUUUGUCCUAUAUGUCAAGAGAAGUUUGAGAUGAAAUGGCUAGAUGAUGCGCAAGAGUUCGUGUGGAUGGAUGCCAAGAAAGUGGGCGAUCGUAUUUACCAUGGUAGUUGUUACGCAGAAGCCACAAAAGACAGGGGGACGCCUGAUCCAACGAUUUUGGGCAAACGGAAGGCAGAGGUGAGUUACCCAUACAAUCAUUUAGAGCGUCAACCAUGUGUGAUUAUAAUAACCUAUUACAGGAUCAAGAGCCCAUAUUACGAACAAGAAUCAAGACGGAGGCAUAGUGAAUGAAUAGUGGUGACUAUUGACCACUGUACUUUUCGACUUCUUUUACUUGAACCAGCCACAGGCGCAAAAUAGGGACGGAGGUCUUUUUCUUGCAUUACUCGAAGACUAUUAGAAUGAUGCAUGUGCACAAACAUCAUGCGAAGUGGGACAUUGGCUUACGAAAGGAAUUUGCAUGCUUUCUGAAAUUCAUAAACAUUGCCAUUUGCAGAUGGAAGCAGCAUAGAUACCAUGAAAAUAAAUUACAGUUAAUAUACAA